CGCCGAGGCCCGAGGGAGGGAGCCGCGUCCCCGCCCGCCGCGCCUGCAGUCCGACCCUCGGUCCCGCCGCGCGAGGAGCCAGCCGAGCGGAGCUGUGCGCCGAGACCGAGCCGCGGCCGCCCCGCCGCAGGUGCCUGUGAGACGCGCCCGGGCCGCAGCGCGUCCGCCGCCGGCCGCGCGCUCGCUGCCCGCGCUCCCGCCGGGCGGCCCGGCCUCAGCAUGAACCGCGGCCACCGGCCCGGGGCGGGCGGCGGCUGCCUGGGCACCAUGGAGGUGAAGAGCAAGUUUGGAGCUGAAUUUCGUCGGUUUUCACUGGAAAGAUCAAAACCUGGAAAAUUUGAGGAGUUCUAUGGAUUACUGCAGCAUGUUCAUAAGAUACCCAACGUUGACGUUUUAGUAGGCUAUGCCGACAUCCAUGGAGACUUACUGCCUAUAAAUAACGAUGAUAAUUACCACAAAGCUGUUUCAACGGCCAAUCCACUGCUGAGGAUUUUUAUACAAAAAAAGGAAGAAGCAGACUACAGUGCCUUUGGUACCGACACAUUAAUAAAGAAGAAGAAUGUUUUAACCAAUGUAUUGCGUCCUGACAACCAUAGAAAAAAGCCACAUAUAGUCAUCAGUAUGCCUCAGGACUUCAGACCUGUGUCUUCCAUUAUAGACGUGGACAUUCUCCCAGAAACGCAUCGUAGGGUUCGUCUUUACAAAUACGGCACUGAGAAACCCCUAGGAUUCUACAUCCGGGAUGGCUCCAGUGUCAGAGUAACACCACAUGGCUUAGAGAAGGUCCCAGGGAUCUUUAUAUCCAGACUUGUCCCAGGAGGUCUGGCUCAAAGCACAGGACUAUUAGCUGUUAAUGAUGAAGUUUUAGAAGUUAAUGGCAUAGAAGUUUCUGGGAAGAGUCUUGAUCAAGUAACAGACAUGAUGAUUGCAAACAGCCGCAACCUCAUCAUAACAGUGAGACCAGCAAACCAGAGGAAUAAUGUUGUUAGGAACAGUCGGACUUCCGGCAGCUCUGGCCAGUCUACUGAUAACAGCCUUCUUGGCUAUCCACAGCAGAUCGAACCAAGCUUUGAGCCAGAGGAUGAAGACAGUGAUGAAGACGACAUCAUUAUUGAAGAUAACGGGGUGCCACAGCAGAUUCCUAAAGCUGUUCCUAAUGCUGAGAGCCUAGAAUCAUUAACACAGAUAGAACUCAAUUUUGAGUCUGGACAGAAUGGUUUUAUUCCUUCUAAUGAAGUGAGCUUAGCACCCACGGCAAGUGGCACAAAUACAGAAUUUGAAACUCGUGCUCCAGAUCAAAAGCUCUUAGAGGAAGAUGGAACAAUUAUAACACUAUGAAACCAUUGUUUCAAUGUUUUCCGAGUGAGGAUGCCAUGGGGACUUGUAAAUUUGGCUACUUUAAAGCAUAUAUAUACCUCUGAACCAGUGACCUGGAAUAGGCAUGAGAAAAAUAAUAUUGCAAGCUUAAAGUGUUAUUAAAAUAGCAGUUUGAUAGUUGUUAAUAUAAACUUUGGUGGGUCAGAGAUGAAUUUAAGUCUAAAACAAAGGGGCCUUCGCUAAUGAAAUGCCGCGCUUUUGCUCUCGUGUCUGUUGAGAACUGGCUGUUGGAGCACGUUCUCAGAACCGUGUGAGAGGACCAGAUCAUUUCCAUUGAAGUGGUUGCAUAUUUACCCUGCUAUGCAGAGCCCAGGUAAUUUUUCCUUUAACUCUUUUUAAAAAUUCUAAUGUGAACAAGUCUGCUUCUGUCUUUUGGUACCUUGGGGACCUCAGCUCCUAUGUUCCCUGUAUUUUAUUUUGAUUUUUUUAAUGUUCCUCUGUUGCUAAUUGUAACAAGUAAUUUUUUCAAAUGCUCUUUUCUCUGAUUCCUAAAAAACCAAACCAGUGGACUGUUUUUAGGAGCUGCGUCCUAUGUUGUUAAGCGUUGAAGCUGCUCCUGAAUUAACAAACUCGAUGACAGUUGUUCAGGUUCUUGUUUGUCCAUCUUCCAGCUUUUGUAUUUGCAGACUCAUUCCACGUGCGUCUAACUUAGUUGUAGAAGGCAAUCCCAUCGACUCGGGUAACGUGGAGAGUCUCCCCAACCCCUUCUCGUCCUCAUUCCCAGUCUCAUUGGACAUCAUUCCUUUUGUUUGUGUGUGCGUUUUGUUGGUGUGCUUUUAUACUCUUUCAGUGUAUUCAAGUAGAGCAAAUCAUUUUGGAUGAAAAAUGCACCCAAAUUAAGAGACUUUUACACAGGACAAACUUGUGCACUUUUUAUGUGAAAAAUUUGAGUUUUCCUUAAUGGGAUUUCUAGGAACACUGUCUACACUUUAUGAAAAAUAUGUAGUAUUCACUUUUGACAGGUAGAGUUUAUCGCUAUUAAUUUUAAGAGGCUAUUUAUCACUUUCCAUUGCGUCCACUUAGAACAAGUAGAGAAGAAGGCUGCUAGCUUUCAUUCCUCGCCUGGUCUCACUGUACGACGCGCAUAAGCGCGCAGUACGCUUGUAUGUAGAAACUAAGAAGAGUAUGGAUACGUAAGUUCCCUAUGGCUUAUGGGUAUUUCUCUCAGAGUUAUUUAUUGAUGAAUUUUAUGGUAGGCCUGGUAUGGAUACCUUCAUAACAAUGUGUGCUAUUAAAACAAUGAAGAAUCAAAUGACUCCGUUUUGAAGGAUAUUUUCUCUGUAUGGUAAAAAUAUAGGAAGCGGUAAAGUCAAUUAAGUGAAGAUCACUCGACUCGGAAUACUUAAAUGUAUUUUGUGCACAUUACCACUGAACAUAUUAUCACUAAACUAUUAACUGCACAUUACUAUGUAAUACAUUGUACUUUUUGUUGAAUUCACCCAAGUUCUUCCACUUAUAUACCACUAUUUUUUAAUGGCAUUCCAGCUUUAACAUUCUGUGAGUUUUAUAAAUUUGACUCUUGAAUGGCAAAAUAAUGUUAAUAUGUAGAAGGUUAAAUUGCAUUUAUAUUAUAAGCGGUGCAGGGGUUCAACAUUUUAAGUAAAAAUACUUUCACACACUACCUCUCUCUCUCUUUUUUUUAACAAAGUUUUAACAUCAGAACUUUUCUCUUGGGGGAACAAAUACUUCAGGGCUUGAUUUUUUUGUACAAAUUUUAACUGUAAAAUGCAGAUUUGUGUUGUAUGUAUUCGUGAAAAUGGAAAUCAGAGCUGCUAGUGCUUUUU